AUGGCCUGCCAAGAGAGUGAGUACCUGGAUGACCAGAAGAAAUGUGUCCCCUGCAGAAAGUGCAUGCCUGGGCAGGAACUUUCCAAGGACUGCGGUGACGGCAGCGGCGGGGACGCGCAGUGCGUGGCCUGCCCUCCCAGGAAGUUCAAGGACCGCUGGGGACACCAUGGCUGCAAGCCCUGCCUGUCCUGUGCCCUCAUCAAUCGCCUCCAGAAGUCCAACUGCACCGCGACGGCUGACGCGGUCUGCGGGGAGUGCCUGCCAGGGUUUUACCGGAAGGCUCGGAUCAGCGGGCAGCUGGAGUGGGAGUGCAUUCCCUGCACCAAGCAGACACCAUCCUCUGAGCCACAGUGUCGGUCCAGAACAAGCCUGGUGAAGGUCGCUGUCCCUACUGUACCACCACAGGACACAGCCCUUCUUGCACUGACCAGCAGUGCCCUGGUCAUCAUUGUCCUGGUGCUUCUGGCACUUUCCAUCAUUUACUGCAAGCGAUUCUGGAAAAGCCAGUGCCAGAGAGUCUUCCUGAGGACUCAGAACUUCUCAGGCCAGCGAGCAACGUUCCCAACCGCAGCAGCACCUGGCCGGUUCCUGUGUGAGGAGCAGAUGUCUGGACCCUGCUGCCUGGGUGUGAAGAAUUUGAGCCCUUGCUACAGGCAGGCAGAAGGCCCCGUGGAAGCAGUGCAGUUCAUUUCGGAUGGGGAAGCCGUGGGUCUCCAGCUCCCCUCUCUCCAGCCAGAGAUGGACUUGUCACCACCCGUUGCAGUCAGCACUGCCUCCAAGGCCCAGCUGGGCAGGAGCCUCCUGGAAAGCCAGCCCCUCAUCCGAGCUUCAGGCCACAGUGACUGCCUGGAUGGGGUCCUGCCACCCCCCACCCCCAGGCAGGGCAGGCCGGGUACGGUGGAGGCCCUGGCCCCCCUCUCCUCCUGUGCCUCCGAGAUGCAGCACAAGUGGCCACAUGCACCUGUGGAGUGCACUGAGCUGGACCUCCAGAAGUUCUCCAGCCAGGCUGAGUUUGUGGGUGGUGAGCGGCUGGAGGAUGCUGCGAGCCGGGCCAUGAAGAGGAGUCCAGCAGAGAGCGGUGGGGUGGUGCAGGAGGGAGCUCAUCACUUGCCCACCGCUGAAGUCCCACCUGGGGAGCAGGCGGUGGAUGAUGCCCAGAGUCUCGUGACUCAGAUCAGCAGCAUGGCCAAAGGUCUCCCAAUAGCAGAGCUGCCCCAUUCCUUGGUGCGGUCACUUGCAUUCUUGUUGGACCCUUUCUUGAACGGUGUGAAGAACUUCAGCCACGUGGCCCUGGAGCUGGGGCUCAUGCCCCAGUUACUGGGACGGAUUUCGGGGUUUGAGCAGCUGGUGGCACACUUCAGCUACGCGGGAGGUGCGGUCACUGUCCCUCUGCUGGCGCAGGCGCUGCAGCGGCUCCAGCGCUUCGACGCCUUGCUCCUGCUCUGCGACCACUUCACACCCAGCCCCGCGCCUGACCGCCAGCGCUAG